AUGGCGUUGCCGCAAUUAAAAGCAAGCUAUGGUUUCGUUACAUCGAUUUGCUUAAGAUGGUAAUUUUUUGUAUGUACUAAGUUCGCACCAAAACGAAUAAAUAUAAACCAGCAGUUCAAGCACUAAUUACGGAGUUUCAAUAUAACCCCUAUUAGUAGCUACAUUAGGUCAACGUUACUUCGGUAAUUAACAUUGGUCCAUCGAGCCCGGAUAUCAGACCCGGAAUAGUCUGACUUUUUGGUACACACCCCAAGUACUCGCAGUGGAUCGCUGCGGCAAAGUACUGGAGAUCCCGCAGAGGCCGCCACAGCUUCGUCUAACUUGUUGGACGACUCAGCUUGCGCGGUGGGAUUGGUAGUUCAACGGGACGCCACAGAGGGCGCCACCAGUAGUACAUCUCAAGAACAAUCUUCGAGUUGAAGAGGAGACAGCUUCGUUCAACAAGGUGGACGAUAGCAGCCGGGAGUUUAAGUUCAAAGUGACGCCACAGGGGGCGCCACUAGUACAUUCCAGUUCAACCGACCAACGUGUUUGUGUGAGUGAAGUGCAAUCGUGAGUACAAUAUUUGAUUUAUUUAACAGUAGCAGUGACAAUUAAAAAACAAGCAAUCGGUCAAGCGAAUCUGAACUUUAUUUUAAGGAAGAUUUUAACUUGAACAUUUUAGAUAGUUAUUUUGGUGUUAAGCAAUUUUCAACUGUAUUUCUAUGAACAUUUUAACUUUAAGAUUUAGUGAUAAUAUUAACUUAGUUUUAAGAGUGCAUGUUAGGACUUAGAAUAGUUUUAUAAAAAACGGGGGAACGGGGAAUCCAUGCCCGAUUUCUACCAGAGCUGAGUUAGUUCCCAAACACUUGUAAAAAUUUUCGGAUUUUUUGAGACUUACAAAAAUUUCGUCAACUUUGUUACAAAGUUACACUAAUUAGCUUAUUUACAUAAUUAUUUUGUUAGUUAGUUUGUUUAUCUAAGAUGGAAGGCAAAAUUAAUAUUUUAAAAGACCUUCAAACUGUAAUUCAAAAGGCUUUGACUAAUUUUAAAAAGAGUCCAAAAGAAAGACUUUCUGUAGAAUAUAUUCAGACUAGACUUGAAUUACUGGAAAAUGAUUGGUCGUCAUUUAAAAAUACAAAGACUCAACUUUAUGGUCAAUAUAAAAUUGAAGAUAUAGUAAGUCAAAAGGUUGCGGAUAUCUAUGAUUCAACUGAAGAUAUUUACAUUACCUGCAAAUGUCUAAUGAAAUCAACACUUAAUAAGAUUAAUAUUAAUGAGCCGCAAAUGCAAAAUAAUAGUUGUAACAAUAGUACUAAUAGCUCAAAAUCAUCUCAUUCAUUUGUAAAGCUACCUAAAAUUACAAUUCCUACUUUUUCUGGGAAAUACAGUGAAUGGACAACUUUUCACGAUUUGUUUAUUUCUUUAGUCCACAAUAACAAGUCGUUAGAUAAUGUUCAAAAACUGCAUUAUCUCAAAAGCCACCUCACGGGUGAAGCUGAGCAGUUGAUUAGACACACGCCAAUUACAGACGCCAACUACAGUGAAUGUUGGUCGCAUUUAGAAAAGCGUUAUGCUAAUAAGAAGUACUUAACCAAUUGUAUUUUGAAAAGAUUGUUCGGCCAAAAACGUUUAAUUGUUGAAUCAGCAACAUCAUUAAAAGAAUUGUUAGACACCACAAGUGACUGUUUAAGUGCAUUAAAAAAUCUUAAUAUCGAUGUGAGUACAUGGGACGUUAUCAUCAUUCAUAUCGUAACGUUCAAGUUGGAUAAUGAGACUCGUAAGCAGUGGGAGUUGAGUAUUUCCAACGACUCAAACUCAAGUAAUGAAUUGCCCACAUUUGACCAGUUUAAAACGUUUAUUGAAGGUCGAUUCCGCGCACUUGAAUGCAUCGAGCCUAGGAAGGUUAUGGCUCACCAGGUCAAUCAUAGUUCACACAUUCACAAUUCCAAAGCGAUGUUAGCCACGAAGUCGUCCAACAUACGUUGCGAAUACUGUUCGGAACCCCACAAGCUCUGCUUCUGUAAACAAUUUGCAAAACAGUCCACAGACGGACGGCGCGAGUUUGUUGCAAAGAAUAAAAUUUGUUUUAAUUGUUUAGGAGGCAACCAUACAGUAUACGACUGUAAAAAACAGACGUUCUGUAGAGUGUGCAAAAAGCGCCAUCAUUCAUUGCUGCACCCUAAUAGGGAACCGCCUGCAGACAGUGAUGGUCAUGAUGUGACUGCAAAGUCCACUGUUGACAACACUAGCGCUUCGACUAGUGACCAAAUAGUGGCAUGUUUAUCUACACGCCAAACCCCCAAGCCUAAACAGGUUUUAUUAGCCACCGCGCUAAUAAAGGCCGAGAAUAGGUUGGGUGAUUUUCAAACAAUCCGAGCCUUGCUGGAUCAAGGCUCACAGGCUUGUUUCAUAACCGAGGCCGCGACUCAAUUUCUUAGAUUAAAGAAAAUUCCCGUCAGAGGCAUCGUUUCAGGCUUGGGACACGAGAGACCGACCAUUUCCAAGUAUAUGGUUAAUUUAACUAUUAAGUCUACAGUAGAUCACGCGUUUCAACUUAACCUUAAUGCUUAUGUUUUGAAUAAAAUAACGUCAUACUUACCGGAACGAAGUGUGAGUACUAGUUCAAUAGAUUGGAUUAACUUAAACAAUCUAUGUUUAGCGGAUCCUUAUUUUGGUACACCCAAUAAAAUAGACGUUUUAUUGGGAGCAGAUGCUUAUUGCUGCAUCAUGAAGGAAGGUAUAGUGAAGAGUCCAUCCUGCAAUCUUAUGGCACAGAACACCACUCUAGGGUGGGUCCUUUCUGGUGUAGUUAGUACAAGCAACGAGAGUUCAAACUUACCAACAAAUAAUAUAAGCGUACAUUGCGCACAGUUCAAUGAAGAUCACCUCCUCAAGAAAUUUUGGGAGCUAGAAGAGCAAACCAGUACAAAGAAAAUCUUUAGUCCAGAAGAACAAAAAUGCGAAGAACUAUAUACUAAAACCACUAAACGAGAUGACACAGGCAGAUAUAUAGUGCACUUACCUUUCCGUGACGAUGAUCCUGCAUGUAAGGCCGCAGGUUCUCGUGACAUAGCAGAAAUAAGGUUUAAAUCAUUAGAAAAAAGAUUAGACAAGAACAUAGAUUUGAAACAAAAAUAUACAGAAGUAAUCAAUGAGUAUUUACACUUAGGACAUUUAAGAGCUGUAAAGAAAGAAGAUGAUAAAAGGUACGAAGCGGUUUACUUACCCCAUCACGCAAUUAUUAGAGAAGACAAGACCACGACGAAGGUCCGAGUUGUGUUUAACGCAUCUGAAAAAAAUAAAAAGGGAGUGUCGCUCAACGAUACUCUAAUGGUUGGACCGACACUGCAAGCGGACUUGAGGCAUACGAUUCUGCGUUGGAGAGUUCAUGCUAUUGGCAUUGUAGCGGACAUAAUUAAAAUGUACCGUCAAGUUAGAGUAACCGAUGAGGAUACGGUAUACCAGAGAAUACUCUGGCGAGAUGAUCCCAAACAACCAAUUGGAGAUUAUGAGCUGGUAACGGUCACAUUUGGGACAGCCUCUGCACCGUAUCAGGCAGUUAGAACACUCCAUCAAGUCGCAUACGAUGAAGGAGAUAAGUACCCUCUUGCAGCUGCUAAAGUCCUAAAUAGUUUUUAUAUGGACGAUUUAAUGACUGGAAGUAAUAGCAUAGAAGAAGGCGUGGAAAUCUGUAAACAAAUGAUAGAAUUAUUGGGAAAGGGAGGAUUUGCUUUACAGAAAUGGAACAGUAAUAAUCAGCAAUUGUUAGAUAGACUAAGUUCAAUAUGUAGAAUCGAAGAAGUACAGCAAUUAGAUCAAACGCAAUUGAAAGAGGAAAACAAGGAUAAGGUCAAACAAGAUAUCAUAGGCAACGAUAGGAAAAUAGUAGAGAAGGACAUAGAAAUUAAGCUGGAUAGUACAAUAAAAAUUCUAGGACUUACCUGGAACCGCCGCGAAGACUGCUUCCAAUACUCCGUAAAUCUUCCGCCGCUGACCACCGCACCUGUAACAAAAAGGUCUAUUGUAUCAGACAUAGCUCGUUUAUUCGACCCGUUAGGAUGGUUAGCUCCUAGCGUCGUAGUAGCAAAAAUGUUUAUACAAAAGUUAUGGCUUGCAGGGGUGAGUUGGGAUGAGGAACUAACUACCAACUUAAAAACGGAGUGGAGUACUUACCGUGGAGAGUUAAUACUACUUACCAAAAUCCAGGUACCUCGUUGGCUCAGUAUAAGUUCAAAUAAUGACCUCGAAUUGCAUGGCUUUAGUGACGCCUCGAAAGCAGCGUACUCGGCCGUUGUUUAUUUGAGAACAAUAGACACUAAUGGAAACGUUAAGGUGUCUUUAUUGGUAGCUAAAACAAGAGUAGCUCCCAUCAAACAGAUCAGCAUUCCUCGGUUAGAGCUAUGUGGCGCAGUACUUUUGUCGAAGGUGUUGGUGGAAUCAGCUGAGGUCUUAAAUAUUCCAGAGACGAAAAUCUUUGCCUGGACGGAUUCCACUGUAGUGCUGUCGUGGCUUAGCAGCCAUCCCAGCAGGUGGAUAACGUUCGUAGCGAACCGUACCUCGGAAAUCUUGAGCAAUAUGAGUUCAACUCAAUGGUUUCAUGUCUCUACCAAGCAUAAUCCUGCCGACUGCGCCUCAAGAGGGUUGCUACCUAGUUCACUUGUUUAUAAUGAGUUAUGGUUUAUCGGUCCAUGUUUUUUAAAGAAUAAAGUUAUGAGUACACAGGCAUUUCUGGCCGCUUUUCGACGGUUUGUGUCUCGUCGUGGUCACUGUGCUAAAUUAUGGAGCGAUAACGGCACUAAUUUUAUAGGUGCCUCCCGAGAGCUACAAGAGCUAGCUUCCAUUCAGCCAGCAAUAGCAGAAUACUUGGAGGCAAAUAACACUGAAUGGCAUUUUAUUCCGCCUCACGCCCCCAAUUUUGGUGGUCUUUGGGAGGCAGGGGUGAAAUCCACCAAGUUUCACUUAAAGAGAGUUAUUGGGGACUCCACCCUGACUUAUGAGGAGCUUACCACUUUCCUCAAUCAAGUGGAAGCCUGCCUAAAUUCGAGACCCAUUAGUGUUAUCAACUUUACUGAUCCUGGUGAACCACUGCCUUUAACCCCUGGACAUUUUCUUAUAGGAGAACCAUUAAUUAAUGUACCAGACAGAAAUUAUGAAAGUUCAAAUGUGAAUUGCUUGACUCGGUGGCAAUUUGUUCAACGCAUGUUGCAGUCUUUUUGGAAAAGAUGGUCACAUGAGUAUUUAUCCAAUCUCAUGAAUAGAUACAAAUGGGCUUCAAAGGUUCCAGAACCUAAUAUAGGUGACGUCGUAUUAAUCAAAGAGGACGAUUUACCACCUAGUCGUUGGUUACUGGGUCGUGUUGUUGAAAAACAUCCCGGUGCUGAUAACGUAACCCGUGUAGUCACAUUGCGUACAAAAUCUUCUGUGAUAAAGAGGCCAACAUCAAAAAUAUGUAUUCUACCUAUUUCAGAUCAAUGAAUUGUUUUUUUUGUUUUUGUAAAUUUAACUCCUAUAGAUCAACUUCGUUUAAUAUGUUUUAGUUACAGAAAUAUUGUUUACUACUUUUAAGAACCGUUAAUUUUAAUUGUGUGAAAUGAGUUGCUUUAAUAAGAUCUAUUGUCAGGUACAUCUAAAGCCCAAUUGUUAGUUUUCAGUGUAAUUUUUGAAGGCCAUUUCAUCACUAAACGGCCUUGGUGGGCGGUAUGUUCAUGACCAAAACUCAGGACCAAAGUAACGAAACCAUAAAAUGCAUAUUCAGUAAUUUAGUUCAAUUUUUAUAACUAGAUGGCGUUGCCGCAAUUAAAAGCAAGCUAUGGUUUCGUUACAUCGAUUUGCUUAAGAUGGUAAUUUUUUGUAUGUACUAAGUUCGCACCAAAACGAAUAAAUAUAAACCAGCAGUUCAAGCACUAAUUACGGAGUUUCAAUAUAACCCCUAUUAGUAGCUACAUUAGGUCAACGUUACUUCGGUAAUUAACACCCAAUAUGAGU